UCUUGUUUCUUUAGUCGUCCUUAACCUCAUUGAUCAAUUGCAUGUUAUAGAGCAAGAUAAAAAUUUCACGAGAAUUAUUUAGUGCAAAUAUACGAAAUACUGAUUGCAAUACAAGAAGACAAAGAAGUGACAAAAUGAGUUUAAAUCCAACUACUAAACAAAGAAUAGCCAUUGUUUUGGAUGUAAGCAAGUUUGUGUUUCAAUGGGGCUUUAUUCCCGCCGUUCUCUUCUUAGGAUUCAGGAAAGGUGCAGAUCCAGGCAUGCCUGAAUUAACUCUUAUGAACUUAUUGUGGCAGUAAAUUCUCUCUUUCCUUCUUUUUGUUAGAAAAAAAUUAUGUAUGUCACAUAAAAUACAAUAAUUGAAGACUAUUAUGUGCUGGUUUCUCCCAUAUAAUCAGAGUAAUGAAAUGUAUUUUAUUGAAUAAAUAUUAAGACAUAAAGUGAAA